AUGCGAUUACUUAGAUUUAAUUAUACGAUUGAGCAUGUUCCAGGGAAAUCGUUACAGACCGCAGAUACGUUAUCCAGAGCACCAUUACCACACAGAGGAAAAGACCAGGACAUUUUACGGGAAGAAAUAGAGCACUACGCACAAGCCAUAAUUGCAACAGAUGUCCCAGAUCGCCAACUGGAAAGAGUACGAAAGGCCCAAAACCAAGAUCCAGUGGCUCAGACAAUCCGUCAAUACAUUCAGGAGGGGUGGCCGAAAUACCCUAAGGACAUCCCGGUAGAACUGCGAGCAUACGAGGAACAUCGGGCCCUUCUAGCAGAAGACCCAAGUGGCAUUAUCGUCCAUGGUACGAGAGUGUACAUCCCAAGAUGCUUACGAGAGGAAGUACUACAACGUAUUCAUCAAGGUCACUUGGGAGAAAAAAAAUGUCAGGAGCGAGCAAAACGAGUCAUAUGGUGGCCGGGCAUGUUAAACGCUAUCAAGAAACAGUGCAGCCAAUGCGAAAUUUGUCAGCAGCACCGACCGCAGCCGGUAGAAACCCUCAUAAUGACUCCACCACCGAACCGACCAUGGCAGAAGGUUGCUGUGGAUCUGUGCGAACGAAGCGGCAAACACUAUCUAGUAAUGGUAGACUAUUUUUCCCGAUAUCCAGAGGUAAUUUAUUUAAGGUCGACUACAGCAGCACACGUCAUAAACAAGAUGGAGGAUAUUUUUGGACGACACGGAAUACCAGAGGUAGUGAGGUCGGACAACGGACCACAAUUCGACUCACAAGAAUAUAGAGACUUCGCGCGUAAACGAGGCUUUAGAAUAAUCACGAGCAGUCCACGAUACCCCAAAAGUAACGGCCAAGCAGAAGCGGCAGUGAAGAAUUAA